AUGGACCCAGAUGCGCCGAUCAAGGUCAACAACAACCACAAGCCAGCAGAGUUCCUGAGGGCAGAGGCGGAGCUCGUCCUGGACGAGGCAAGGAGACAAAAGGCGGAGAAGAAUAAGGAUCUCGGCGAGCCCAUAAAGCUCCAGGGUGUUCCCAUAGACAUUAAGAUUCGUGGGAGACACAUCUGGAUCGCAGAGAAUACCGCCAUUGCUCGAAAGAUGGAUUUGGAAAGUUGCGGGCUCUGGGGACGGGAAGAUAUUGAUAACUGGUUCAUGGGACCAGACCAUCAAGCUGUGGGACACAGACACGAAAGCCUUGAUCUCGUCAACGCCAGCCCACGAGGACUUUGUCAAGGUACUUCUAGUGAUACCUUCCCUCAACCUUCUGGUCUCAGGAAGCUCUGACAAAGUAGUACGCUUUUGGGACCUAUCGUCGCCCUCUUCAUUAGAGCCGCUACCCUCGCUAGGCUCGAUAUCCGCCCACACACGACCGGUCGAAGCUCUCGAUGUCCACAUUUCUCCCGACGGCGAAUCAAAAUCCUCGGUAGUACUGUUCACUGCUGACACGAUGGGCAUGAUCAAGGCAUGGGAUCUAAGUAGGCAAGGCGGAGACCGGCCGAUAUGGCGAAGCACUCUGCGCGAUGACCUCGGAUACCACCGGACGCGGGUGAACGAGCUGAUGUACGGAGAUGGGCACCUAUGGACAGCCUCGUCUGAUGAGACGAUCCAGAUCUAUCAAUACCCCCCGCCCCCAUCUAGCCAGAAGCAGCCGAAGCCAGUGCCCCCCAUCACCCACCCCACCGGGUUCAGGGCCGUCCUGCCGCUCCCGAUCCACCCCCAGCUGGACGCAGACGCGUUCCCGUAUCUGCUCGGGGGGAGCGGCGAUCUCAUCCGUGUGUACGACAUCUCGUCGCUCGAGGAGCCCGAGUUCAUCCGUGAGGUCGAGGGCCACUGGCACGACGUGACGCAUCUGCGCGUGUGGUUGAGGGAUCGGAAAGAAGGGAAGGGGAAGGAGGUGUGGAUCGUGAGCGCGAGUCUCGAUGGGACGAUUAGGAAAUGGAGGUUGGCCGACAUAGUUGUUCCGCCCAAGCCCGUCCCAGAGGAGAAGAAGGAAGCUACGAUCGCGGUACCACCUCCAAAGGCCGGGGGUGCAUUUGAGAUGACAGAAGAAGAGGAACGGGAGCUUGCAGAACUGAUGGAGGACGAUUGAACAUCUUCUGACCGAUGACAGCCACGAAGCCCAUCGCACCGUUAACAUACAAUAUCGCCCUGUAAGUUAUUAUACACAAAACCAAGCUCUUCGCCUUCUGUGGCUGAAUGACGAAGCUGUUCGCCGACGCAAGGCUCUUGGCUGCCGUGGUGACGAGUUCGUCGACGCUUCAGAAAAUGAUAUCCGGAAAUUAGCCUUGCACAGAGUCGUCAAGGCAGGUGCUUACAUGUCCUUCGCUGGCUUGAUAUCCUGUACAUGAAUGAGAACCGGAAUAGCCCC